GGUGCUCCCUGCUCCGGAGGGCCCCGGGGGGGCUCCGGGAUCGGUGACCCCGGGGGGGCCCCGAGGGGCUGCGGGCGACCAUGAGCGAGGUGCUGGUGGUCAAAGAGGGCUGGCUGCACAAGAGGGGCGAGUACAUCAAGACGUGGCGCCCCCGUUAUUUCCUCCUCAAGAGCGACGGUUCCUUCAUCGGCUACAAGGAGCGUCCGGACGCCUCUGACCACGCCCAGCCCCCCCUCAACAACUUCUCCGUGGCCGAGUGCCAGCUGAUGAGGACGGAGCGGCCGCGCCCCAACACGUUCGUCAUUCGCUGCCUGCAGUGGACGACGGUCAUCGAGAGGACGUUCCACGUGGACACGGCCGAGGAGCGCGAGCAGUGGCUCGGUGCCAUCCAGGCCGUGGCCAGUGGCCUCAAGAGCCGCCGGCCCGAGGCGCCCGAGGCCCCGCGCGGCGACACCGACGGUGACGGUGACGGUGACACCGACGGUGACGGUGACACCGAUGGUGACGGCGGCAAACCCCGCGCCAAGGCCACCAUGUCGGAUUUCGAUUACCUGAAGCUCCUGGGCAAGGGAACCUUCGGGAAGGUGAUUCUGGUGAGGGAGAAAUCCUCGGGGCGCUACUACGCCAUGAAAAUCCUCAGGAAGGAGGUCAUCAUCGCCAAGGACGAGGUUGCCCACACGGUGACCGAGAGCCGAGUCCUGCAGAACACGCGGCACCCGUUCCUGACCGCUCUCCGCUGCGCUUUCCAGACCCACGACCGUCUUUGCUUUGUCAUGGAAUACGCCAACGGGGGCGAGCUGUUUUUCCACCUGUCCCGGGAGCGCGUGUUCCCCGAGGACCGCGCUCGUUUCUACGGCGCCGAGAUCGUCUCUGCCCUCGAGUACCUGCACUCGCGGGACGUCGUCUAUCGCGACAUCAAGCUGGAGAACCUGAUGCUGGACAAGGACGGGCACAUCAAGAUCACGGAUUUCGGGCUGUGCAAGGAGGGCGUGAGCGACGGCGCCACCAUGAGAACCUUCUGCGGCACCCCCGAGUACCUGGCACCAGAGGUGCUGGAAGACAACGACUACGGGCGGGCGGUGGACUGGUGGGGGCUGGGCGUGGUGAUGUACGAGAUGCUCUGCGGGCGCCUCCCCUUCUACAACCAGGACCACGAGCGGCUCUUCGAGCUGAUCCUGCUGGAGGAGAUCCGGUUCCCGAGGAACCUGUCACCCGAGAGCCGCUCCCUGCUGGGGGGACUGCUCAAAAAGGAUCCAAAGCUCAGGCUGGGCGGGGGCCCGGGCGACGCCCGCGAGGUGAUGGAGCAUCGCUUCUUCUGCGGCAUCGACUGGCAGGACGUGGUGCAGAGGAAGCUGGUGCCGCCCUUCCGGCCGCAGGUGACGUCGGAGGUGGACACCAGGUACUUCGACGAGGAGUUCACGGCGCAGAGCAUCACGGUGACGCCGCCCGAGAGAUGUGAGCACCUGGAUUCCCCCGAGCGCGACCACCAGACGCAUUUCCCGCAGUUCUCCUACUCUGCCAGCAUCCGGGAGUGACACACCUGGGCACACCUGGAUACACCUGGGCACACCUGGAUACACCUGAGGAUACCUGGGCACACCUGGAUACACCUGGGCACACCUGGAUACACCUGGGCACACCUGGGAUACACCUGGGGACACCUGAGGACUCCUGAGAUACACCUGGGAUACACCUGAGGAUACCUGGGCACACCUGGGCACACCUGGGCUACACCUGAGAUACACCUGGGCUACACCUGGGGACACCUGGGGACACCUGGGCUACACCUGGGGACACCUGGAAACACCUGAGCUCACCUGGGUGCACCUGUGCCCCUCCUCCCCCCACACCUGGACACACCUGUGCCCCCCCAGGUGCCCCCCAGGUGUUCUGGCCCCGCCCCCCCCAGGUGAUUUCGGUGCCGAAUUUUUGGACGUUUUUGGCGCUUUUGGAAAACAAAAAAAAAACAAAAAAAAAACAAAAAAAAAAAAUCACAGCGGUGGCCUUGAACCCCCUGGAGCUCCCAGUCCAUCCCAGUCCAUCCCAGUCCAUCCCAGUCCAUCCCAGUCCAUCCCAGUUCAUCCCAGUCCAUCCCAGUCCAUCCCAGUCCAUCCCAGUCCCAUCCCAGUCCAUCCCAGUCCAUCCCAGUCCAUCCCAGUCCCUCCCAGUCCAUCCCAGUCCAUCCCAGUCCAUCCCAGUCCCUCCCAGUCCCUCCCAGUUCAUCCCAGUCCAUCCCAGUCCCUCCCAGUCCAUCCCAGUUCCAUCCCAGUCCAUCCCAGUUUAUCCCAGUCCAUCCCAGUCCAUCCCAGUUCAUCCCAGUCCCUCCCAGUCCAUCCCAGUUUGCUCCAGGGGGGAGGGGUGGGAAAGGGGGGGUGGGAG